CCAACGGUGCACAUUCCGAAAAGCGAAUUUCGUAGCCGCGUCGAAGACAAACGAGUAACAAACAAACAGCACAAGCGUCACGUUCUCUCCAUUCUGUUCGUUUUCCCGCAACAGGGAUUUUUUCCUUCGCUACGAAGAUAUCCCUCUUUCUUUCUCAUAGUUUUCUGCGAAAUCGCCGAUGCUAGAAUCGGAGCUCCACGAUUUAUCCGACGACGCCGAUUACGCCGCGUCUCAACAACAAGGAUCUGCUAGCGUGAUGCUGCGUAGUGACAGUGCCAAACAGAGCUCCCCUCGGGAAGGUGCUGAAAUUGUAUUUUUGAAGGACAAUGUCGCAAUUCAUCCGACUCAGUUUGCGUCUGAAAGAAUCAGUGGAAGACUGAAAUUGAUUAAGCAAAGCUCGUCCUUGUCUAUGACUUGGAUACCUUACAAAGCGCAUAGUUCAGAGGCCAGGCUGUCUGAUAAAGGUAGUUUACAUUCUGGACGACUUUGCUGCCUUGUGAAAUAUGCUCUAUAUGUUGAUUUUGUUCUACUUUCUUGUUUAGACAGAAACCUUUAUAUCAUAAGGGCGGUGCCCUUCACAGACAUCAGGUCCAUCCGGAGGCAUAAUCCUGCUUUUGGGUGGCAAUAUGUCAUUGUUGUUCUAUCAUCAGGACUUGCUCAUCCUCCAUUAUAUUUUUAUAGUGGAGGAGUCAAAGAAUUCCUUGCUACAAUAAAGCAACAUGUUCUUCUUGUGAGAUCUGAAGAAGAUGCCAACGUAUUCCUUGUGAAUGAUUUUCAGAAUACACUGCAGAGGACUUUGUCUUCCUUGGAGAUGCCCAGAGCUGUUCCCCUUACAUGUGGACCUUCAAAUACGUCAGUUGAUGAAUCCAUUUUGAUUGAGAACCAAGAAAGGGCUGAUAAUGGUGCCAAUGAUGGAAGAUUUAGUGUUAAUCAGUUCCACGGGAAGCCAAGACAUAAAGUAGAUCCUGCUCGAGACCUCUCUAUUCAAGUUUUAGAGAAGUUUUCUCUUGUCACAAGAUUUGCCCGUGAAACAACUUCACAACUUUUUGGAGAAAACCAGAGUAAUGGAUUUAGUCCCAUUGACAGGAGGACCCAUAUCCAGACUAACCUUGAUCACCCUAAGAAGUCUUCCAAUGUUGAGGAAAAUACCUCUGAUGAAAGUCCUGUUGCCUUGGAUUCUCAGGAGUUUGAUAACUUAUCACUAGUAUGGGGAAAACCCAGGCAACCCCCUUUGGGUUCUGAAGAGUGGAUUACCUUCAUGGAUUCUGAAGGACGAGUCACAGAUUCAGAAGCUUUGAGAAAAAGAGUAUUUUAUGGUGGACUUGACCACAAAUUACGAAAUGAGGUAUGGGGUUUGCUUUUGGGAUAUUAUCCAUAUGAAUCGACAUAUGCUGAGAGAGAAUUCCUGAAGUCAGUUAAGAAGUCAGAAUAUGUGAACAUAAAGAACCAGUGGCAGAGUAUAUCCUCAGCACAGGCUAAAAGAUUCACAAAAUUCAGGGAAAGGAAAGGGCUUAUUGAGAAAGAUGUGGUGAGAACUGAUAGAUCGCUCGCUUUCUAUGAAGGCGAUGAUAAUCCAAAUGUCAAUGUUCUGCGAGAUAUCCUGUUGACAUAUUCAUUCUACAACUUUGAUCUUGGUUAUUGCCAGGGAAUGAGUGAUCUGCUAUCUCCAAUAUUGUUUGUGAUGGAUGAUGAAUCAGAGGCAUUUUGGUGUUUUGUUGCUCUAAUGGAACGUCUUGGACCCAAUUUUAAUCGUGAUCAAAACGGCAUGCACUCUCAACUUUUUGCACUAUCAAAGUUGGUGGAGUUGCUGGAUAGUCCAUUGCAUAACUAUUUUAAGCAGCGUGACUGCUUGAAUUAUUUCUUUUGUUUCCGCUGGAUUUUGAUUCAAUUUAAAAGGGAGUUUGAGUACGAGAAAACAAUGCGCUUGUGGGAAGUUUUAUGGACACAUUAUCCGUCUGAGCAUCUGCACCUGUAUGUAUGUGUGGCAAUCUUGAAACGAUAUCGUGGUAAAAUAAUUGGAGAGGAAAUGGACUUCGACACCCUUUUGAAGUUUAUUAAUGAGCUAAGUGGUCACAUCAACCUUGAUGCAACCCUCAGAGAUGCAGAGGCUCUAUGCAUAUGUGCUGGUGAGAACGGUGCUGCUCGCAUACCUCCCGGAACCCCACCAUCGUUGCCUGUUGAAGAUGGUUCUUUUUACGCCCAACAAGAACAAGAUGAAAUAUUGUAAAUAAAUUCACAUUUAUAAUAAAUUGUUUGGUGAUACUUGAAUAUAUCAACCUAAUUGUGUAUUUCCUCAUUCCAGUUUAAAUACGUUGUUAGCAUAUUAAAUGCAUUUCUUUAAUCAUAUUUGUUGUCCUUU